AUGGGUAUCUCUCGCGACUCCCGCCACAAGCGCUCGGCCACCGGUGCGAAGAGGGCCACCUACCGCAAGAAGAGAGCCUUCGAGAAGGGUCGUCAGCCCUCCAACACCCGUAUCGGCUCCAAGAGAAUCCAUCUGGUCCGCACCCGCGGUGGUAACCGCAAGUUCCGUGCCCUGCGUCUCGACUCGGGCAACUUCUCGUGGGGAUCGGAGGGCAUCUCGCGCAAGACCCGUGUCAUCGUCGUGGCCUACCACCCGUCCAACAACGAACUGGUCCGCACCAACACCCUGACCAAGUCGGCCGUCGUCCAGAUCGAUGCCGCCCCCUUCCGUCAAUGGUACGAGGCCCACUACGGCCAGCCCCUCGGCCGCCGUCGCCAGCAGAAGACCGAGACCACCGAGGAGAAGAAGAGCAACAGCGUCGUGAAGAAGCAGGCCGCCCGCUUCGCUGAGCACGGCAAGGUCGAGUCCGCCAUUGAGAGACAGUUCGAGGCCGGCCGUCUCUACGCCGUCAUCGCCUCCCGCCCCGGCCAGAGCGGUCGUGUCGAUGGUUACAUUCUCGAGGGUGAGGAGCUGGCUUUCUACCAGCGUGCUAUUCGGAAGUAA